UCUUGAGCACGUUGCUCAUCUCCUGAUUUCCCCCUGCGCUUUUAAUGUCACAAAGAGAUGCCUAUGCUAUCCUGGGCAUCUCACGUGCAUCUGGACCAGAUGAGAUCAAGAAGGCAUAUCGAGCAAAGGCCCUGAAGUAUCAUCCGGACAAGGUGCCGGAUGAAGAUCGUGGUGAAGCCACAGCGCGAUUUCAGGAGAUCCAGUCAGCUUUUGAACAGAUUUGCAAAGGAGAUCGAAGGUUGAAUUGGGACCUGGGUCCCAUUUCCAAAAGCGAGCUGGUCCGUGCCUGUGAAGGUGGUGAUUUCAGUACCGUGAAGAUUUUGUUGGAGGAAUCCGUUGAUCUCAAUGGCACCGAUUCGACUGGCCGUACUCCUCUGAUGUUUGCAUCUGGAUCGGGGCAUCUCGAGGUCAUCAGACUUCUCUUGGAACAUCAAGCGGAUGUGAUGAUGCGAAACUGUGCGGGGCACACGUGCGUGAUGUUUGCAGUUGGUGGUGCGCUCAAGGCCAGCAACCUGCAGAAUGCCCAGACUGACCGUACUGAGCAGUAUCUUCAAGCAGUUCGAGUGCUCCUGGACAAAGGUGCUCCAGUGAAUGGCGUCACAGCCUAUGGCCUGUCCGCUUUGAUGCUUGCAAGUACCUCAGGACGAGUGGAGAUGGUGGAACUGUUAUUGCAGCGUGAGGCUGACGUAGCGUUGGCUUCAGACAUCGGUUUGACGGCGCUGGUGAUGGCUUCGGACAAAGGCCACGUCACGACAGUGAGGCUCUUGUUGGAGAAGAUGGCUGAUGCGAACUCGAGACAUGGGAAUGGCAAAACUCCACUGAUGUCUGCCGCAGCACAAGCUUACACAGAAGUUGUCAGCGAGCUCUUGAAGCACUCCGCUGAUGUGAAUGCGCAAGCAGAGAAUGGCUACACCGCACUUCUGUAUGCAGUUGAGACCCAGCUGAAGGACGGUCUGGUGUGUCCAAUUGAGGGUUCCUUGGAGAAGCCUGGAUUGGAGGAUACCCUCCGGAUCCUGCUGGAUGCAGCAGCCGAUGUGAAUCUGAUGGGUCCAAGGCAGAGGCAGACGGCCCUGGAUGUGCUGGAAGCAUCUGGGAACCUUGAGAUGCUGCAGCGACUGAGGGAACGACAGAGCGAUCGUCAAUCUAGCAGCAAGAGCUCCAGAGGCGAAGAUCAGCGACAGUGGUUUGGGUUGAGAUGCCUUCGCCCAGUUGCAUUCUGCUGGUCCUGGUGCUGCUAGUGGGGCUUGCACCGGAUGUUCAAAAA